GAGAGUAAAAAUUUGGAGUUUGCAAGGUGAUUCCAGAAAUGGACCUUGAAUUAGGACUCAAGAUCAGCCAUACUACGGAUGAUCUUACUUCCUCUUCUGAUUUUCGGAUUGCGAAGAACAAAUCUGCCCCUGUUUUCAUAUCCAAUGAAACGGAAACCUCGUUCAUCCUCACUGCCCACCUUAAAGGUUAUAAAAAAGAGCAUGUUGAUAUUGACAUUAAUGAAGAAGGAACUCAGCUAGGCAUUACUGUUGAGAAACCAGUUCAUGAGAAGGUGAUGUCAGGAUGGUCAAUGAAAAGCAAAGAAGGGGAGACAAGGGGAUUUAGAAAAGUCUUUCGGAUCCCAGAUGGAGUGGUUUUGAGUCGAAUCAAGGCCAAGUUUAAUGAUCAAGACUCAACUCUCAAAAUCUUCAUGCCAAAAGUGGUGAAAGGAGUCGUUGGCGUUGGGGUUAAGGAACUGCAAGAAGAAGGGGUGAUCAUAGGGAGACCACAGAUGACAGAAGCUGCGACUGAUGAGGUUCCUGAAACUGAGAAAAUGAGAAUGAAAAAGAACUCUCAGGCUAAGGGAAAAGAGGUAGAAAAAGAAACCUACACGAAAGAAAUUGUAUUGGAUGAUCAAGAGUUGCAGACCAAGGAUCCAAGAGAAACUAAAGGUGGAGGGAUGGAAUCAGAAGAAAGUAAAGAACAAAAGAUUGCAGAGAAUAAAGAAGCUGAUAGGAUUGAGAGAGAGGAUGCUGAACGAAGAAGCAAGGAAGAAACACAUGGAGGUGUCAAGAAUGAUAAAAGCACUGAAGCAACUCAUAGAGUUGCUAAACCUUCACAAGAAAUUGAAGAAACUGAAACUCGCAUCGAAGAACCUGCUAACUCAAACGAAAUGCCAGAAGCAAUGCCAGAGAAGAAGAAAUUACUUGACAAGUGUGAAUGUUCUGAAAUGGGGAAAGGAAAGGAUGUGGGUGAGAAAUCAACUGCAGAGAAGAAGCUUGCUGCAUCAGAAAAGUCCAAGUUGCUCUCCACUCCUUUGAUCAUUGCAGGUUCAGCCCUUCUCGUCUCUAUUGUACUGCUAGCAAUUUACAGGAUUAGGAAUAGAAAGAAAUAGUUUUCAUUUGUGUACUAAAGCUAUACAUAUAUCACUUUUACUUUCUCUGUUCUAGCAGAUAUGAUUGAUGUCAAUGUAGUACAACACUACUACACUUGAUAAAUACAUGGGACUAAAACCAUGGUGGCAUGGUGCAUAU